AGCAGACGACACUACAGUGCUGUCAUUUGCCGGUAGUUGAAUUGUUAUUGUUUGUAAACUUUUUCCUUACUCUUUCCGAAAUGGAGGAAGAAGAUUUAGGUGACGAUUUCUCGUACAAUAGUGUUGCCAUUCAGUCAAGUGAAAAACAUGAACGAGUUAUCAUCCAUAUAGAUAUCGACUGUUUUUAUGCCCAAGUUGAAAUGAUCCAAAAUCCAUCUUUAUGUGGCAAACCACUUGGUAUCAAACAGAAAAAUAUUGUUGUAACCUGUAACUAUGAAGCAAGGGCGCUUGGUGUUGAGAAACUUAUGUCAAUAAAGACCGCGCUAGAAAAGUGCCCUUCCUUAGUACUUGCAAAUGGAGAGGACUUGAAAAAGUAUAGAGACAUGUCAGAGAAGAUUUAUCAAAUUCUUCAAUCGUUCAGCCCAUUUGUGGAGAAACUUGGCUUGGAUGAAAAUUUUAUUGACAUUUCCCACAAAAUCAACAAGUCCCCUGAAAUAAAACCAGAAGUUUCUGGACACAUUUUCGAAGAAAAGAACAGUGGUGAAACUUGUGCAUGUGGUUGUACAGACAGACUAAAAGAAGGUUCUAUUAUUGCUCAGGAAAUGCGAAAUCAACUAAAAAGUGAACUUGGAAUCACCUCCUGUGCUGGAAUUGCUUGUAACAAGCUUCUAGCUAAAUUGAUUGGAGCAACCCAUAAACCAAAUCAGCAAACCACCUUGUUCUCAGCAUCAUCUUUAAACUUGAUGAAAUCAUUGAAGCAUCCUAGAAAUAUUCCUGGAAUUGGUUCAGCAAUGAACAGAAAACUAGAGGUUCUUGGUAUUGACACCAUAGAAAAACUUCAAGCCGCAGAUUUGUUUAAGCUUGUUGAAGCACUUGGAGCCAAAACAGCUAACCAAAUUCAACAACUGAGUUUUGGCAUCGACAAUAGUCGUGUCAAAAUAACCGACAGACCGAAAUCUAUUGGAGCCGAAGAUGGAUUUCCUACAAUCAAAAGUGAAACUGAAGUGCGCAAGAAGCUCAAGUGCCUGCUAGAUCGAGUUUGGGAGUUGGUGGAGAAGGAUGGCCGUAGACCAAGUCAAGUUAAAUUGACAGUUCGGAAAUUACAUGCGACCAAUCACAGUGUCAGAGAGGCCCGCCAGACUGCAAUAGAUCUUACGACUGGAUUUCCUAGCAACGCGCCAUUAGGACCGUUAAGUGAAAAUCAAGAAAAAAAAGUCAUCACGACUCUAAUGAAUCUCUUCGAAAAGGUAGUAAAUUGCGAUGAAUCAUGGCAAGUUACAUUGUUGGGUAUUUCGUUCUCUGGUUUUCCCUCUGGCAUCGAAAGCCCAGCGAAAAAUUCCAUCAACAAAUAUUUUACUUGUUCAUCGCGACCGAACGAAACUUUGCCACCUCCAACUAAGCGUGGACGCUUUGACGAAUCUGUCCUCCAAGAAUUACCUGACGACAUCCGUCAAGAAGUUUUAGAAGAUAUGAAGUGUCAAAUGCCAUCAUCAAGCACCUCCCAACAGUCAGCAGAUUUUGAUUGUCCAAAAGGUGUUGAUCCUCAAGUGUUUCGCGAGCUCCCGGUGGAGAUCCAGAAGGAACUGCUGGCUGGGGAGAAAAAUAAGAAGCCAAUCGCAACCAAAAAACCUAAUAACUUAUUACAGUACUUCCGUAAAGUGUAAAUAUGUAUUCUGUAGCUAUAAAUGAUCAACAAAGACAUGUUAUUUCAUGGAUGGGAUAUAAUUUUAGCCACUUCCUUACUUACCUUUCGAGACCAAAAACACCUUAUCGGCCAUCUUGUCUAGUAAUUAGUAACAACCAACGUUAAGGUAAGUGAGGUGUUUUUGUUUCCGUUUUGUUGUUGUUGUUUUUUUCUAGAAUACUUACUAUCCUGGCAUUUUUAUUUUUUUUUUUUUAAAGAUUAAAUCUUUUCAAAUGACUUGACAUUAUAUUUUGAAAUUUGACGUUUGGCCACACAGAAUGCUGAACGACCAAUUUUAGAAAUCUUAUAUUUUAUAAAUAUUCAUCAAGUUUGCCGAUUGUUGUUUAGUUGGCAUGUAUAUGUAUGAAAAAAUGCAAUUGUCAUUCUAUUUGCAUGUCACCGUCGACGGUUUCCAGAACAUUUAUGGUGACGGUUUACAUCAUACAACGUAUCCUUUUCUGGAACUCUAUUACUGAACAAAAGUAAAUAACCCACAAGUUCUAAUGUAAAUUUGCUUUCUUGCUUUCACUUCAUACCAGACGUGUGCAAACUAGCAGACCCUAACAUUUCACAUACCGCUAUGCUAAAUGUUAUUGACUGAAACUUUUUUGAAUUUUGCUGCAUAAGAACUGUAUUGGCGUUCUCAAGGAUGACUUCCGAAAACAACUUCAACUAAAUUUUAAAAAAAUAUAAAUUUGGUACGAUAACUGACACUUGUGUGUUUGGGAACACAGCUAAUUUUCAUAAUUUUUUCUAAGUUUAUCUCUAGCGUGGUAAUUAUCGGUAAUUAUUGAACGUCUAAUUCUAAAAGAACCUGAUUUUUGUUAUCCUCAUUAAAUUUAAGUUCGAUUUCAUGUGCACACUGAAAAUCGUCCAAAAUCGAGAUUUUCUCUGAACUAAACUGAUACUGAACGUUUAGGAAUACAAAUACCCUCCGGGAGGAGAGCCAGAGCCCAGAGGAAGGCUUUCAACGACUGCUGGAGUUUAUUAGCGACAUCACCAAUGUUUCACGUUUUAUUUUUAAUAAUAGCUGCCUGACCAGGGGAGGAACACCCGCGGUAAGUUUAAAUUAAAUUAAUUACACGGCAUGUCGAUACCGAAAAGAUUGCAACUUGGUCCCCGAAUGCGGCCAGUACGUUCCCUACCACAAAAUUUUACUUUUGUUCGACUUGACGUUUGAUUGUUUAUGUGAUAUUAAUUUUAAAAAUGGUGGUUUGCCAAAGAAUCGAACUAAGUCCUCUUUUUCGGAAAAUUUUGAAGAGGUGUUAGUUCAUAUCUGACAUCCAAAGUCGAAAAAAUUCUAUUUUUGGAUUAUCCAGAUGCAAUCAUUUAUAGGUAAAAACUAUUGCUUGGUACUAUAAAAAAAAAGAAUUUUGUUUGACUUUGGUUAUCAGUUUUCUCAUGUGCUAAAACCACUUCAAAAUUUUCUGAAAAAGUGGAUUUAGUUCGAUUUUUCGGCAACUCACUAUUUUUCAAAUUAAUACCUCAAACUAAAAAACGUAGAGAAUCGCGAUUUGCACCAGUAGACUAGACGCAAAAUUUUACAUGAGUUAUGAAUUAGUAUAAAUUUGAACGCGUCACCUGCACCCGACGUCUAAUUGCGGUAGGCCUAGCUUUCUGUCUACCACGCUUAGCAUAGAGGAUUUGUUUGAAUGGAGCCAAUUCAUCAAUCCACGCAAAUGCCUCUGUAAACAAACAACAAACCAUUAACGACUUCUUGUGCGCGACAUUGCGCAGAAUAGUGAACAAUAUUUAACGACAGCUAUUGCCCGAAUUAAGCAUAUAUAUUCAUAGAUGGCACAAGUAGGAAACAAAUUCAUUAAAAAAAUUUAGCGAUCAAUCAUUAAAAUUUUCUUUAACUUUAGCGAUAAAAAAGUGAUUAAGAAAAAAUUGUUCCCAAGGCGUGUAUGUCAUAGUCAUAAUCUCCGGAGAUCGGAGUGCGAUAGCGUCUUUAGAACUAGAGCGCACUGCAUAUUUUAAGAAAAGUGGAGUUCUAUGGUCGGAUAUUUAAAAUUUAAUAGAGUUUAUGGCACGCCGAAAAAGGGUUAAAAAAAAAAAAAAAAAAAGUUUCGCCACACGUCAUCUAGCGGUCAAAUAUAGAACUGCAUGAAAAAUUCCUUUUUCUUGCCCCUAAACCCGAAAUUUUCUUCGCUUAUUCCGUCAGAACUCAGAACAUGAUAAGAGAACUUCGACCACACAAACUAAAAAAAAAAAACGCUUUUAACCUAUCAUCAUUUCAUCUGAGUCAACAGUCAACGUUAAGCUAGCUUCAAAAAUUACCAAUGAAUUCAUAGUCAGAGUAAACGUGAAAGUCGUGCAACCUACCAUCAACUAUUUUGUUCCAACUCAUUGUAUUCUACUGAAUGUGUCAUUGAAAUGAUACAGAUCACCGACCCCAGCAUGGUCCAAUCUCUCAUUCCAUCACAUUCCAUCUUCUAGAGAAUCUUGGAUUUUUGGAUAACUGAUUGGCGGUUCAAUGUGUUUCUAAAUUGGCAUGACUGACUUUAUGAUAAGUUAUGUCCUUCCAAGAAAAAGGACUUACAGUCAACAAGAUUCCUUGUUUGCUAAACCAUUGGCUGCUACCCUUGAAUCUCCCUAUUUUUCAACAACAAAAAAUAGAUGUUGCCUAUGAGACCAAAUGUGGGGCAUCUGGUUAUCCCUCCAAAUUAAGGCAAUGACCAUACGUUCAACUCGGAUCAUUCGUUUUGUCAUCGAACUUGACUCAUUCCAUCUUCUGGAUUGCUUAGGAAAGCUGAUUGUUGUUACCUGUGUAACUUCAUUGUCAUGUCACUGAAUUAAAAUUUUGUUUACAUUUUGUUUCUUGAUUUAGCCAUUUAGAUAAUGACCGAGAAGAUGCGGCCUACAUGAACAUUAUUUAGGCGGCCAGCAUCAUUCGACUACCCAACCGGCUUCUACUAUCUACCCUGCUCUCAACACAGCACGGAGUUUUACCCUUUAGAUUUUUGGUGUUCGCGAUGUGUGAUGGCGUUUCCUUGGACGAGAUGAUGAUUUUGGUGAGAAAAAUAUUGCGUUCUAACCUUCAGGUUCAUAAAUUUGCAUGACAGACUUUAUGAAAAGUAAUGUUCUUUCAAGAAAGUCAACAAGGUCCCUUGUUUGCUAACCCAAUGGCUGCUACCCUUGAAUCUCCCUAUUUAGCUCCUUACACAGUCUCUCUUUAUUUGAGGGUAAUCCUUCGCUGCCGAUCAUGGACUCCAUUGGUGAAACUGAAAACCAACGAGAGAAUGCUGUAAUCCAAGACUGAUAAAUUGUGUAGUUAGAUUAAAUUACAAGUGCAUUUCUGGGC